GGCUUUGAGGGCCACCAGCCCCUUCCUCUCACAGCCCUGAGCUACCUGUCUGCAGCUGGCUCUCAUACUCAGUAUUCUCUCUGGCGAUGCUCCACGGCUCCUCUCUCUUGAGGGUCGGCUCCAUAACUUGAUUUUCCCCAAAUGUAUUGCAAUCCUCCCCUCUCCCUUUCUAGUCCUUGCUAGCUACACAGGCCUUUUGAUCUGGUGAGGGCAUGAGUGGAGAGGACGGGGGUAUGCCAAGCCUGGGCCGUCCUAGGCAGGCCCGCUGGACCCUGAUGCUGCUCCUGUCCACUACCAUGUAUGGUGCCCAUGCCCCAUUGCUGGCGCAAUGUCAUGUAGAUGGCCGAGUGCCUUUUCGGCCCUCCUCCGCUGUGCUGCUGACAGAACUCACCAAGCUGCUGCUGUGUGCCUUCUGCCUCCUAGUGGGUUGGCAAACGUGGCCCCAAGGAGCCCUGCCCUGGCGCCAGGCUGCUCCCUUCGCACUGUCAGCCCUGCUGUAUGGCGCCAACAACAACCUGGUGAUCUAUCUUCAGCGUUACAUGGACCCCAGCACCUACCAGGUACUGAGCAAUCUCAAGAUUGGAAGCACAGCCCUGUUGUACUGCCUCUGCCUCCAGCGCCGCCUCUCCACACGCCAGGGGUUGGCACUGCUGCUGCUGAUGGUGGCGGGGGCCUGCUACGCAGCAGGUGGCCUUCAGCACCCUGGAAAUGCUCUUUCUGAACCCCCUCGAGCAGCUGCCACUGGCCCCAUGCCCCUGCACAUCACUCCGCUAGGACUGCUGCUCCUGGUCCUGUACUGCUUCAUCUCGGGCCUGUCAUCCGUGUACACAGAGCUGCUCAUGAAGCGACAGCGGCUGCCCCUGGCCCUGCAGAACCUCUUCCUCUACACUUUCGGUGUGCUUCUAAACCUGGGUCUGCAUAUGGGAAGCGGGCCUGGCCCAGGCUUCCUGGAAGGUUUCUCAGGCUGGGCAGCCCUGGUGGUGCUGAGCCAGGCACUCAGCGGACUGCUCAUGUCAGCCGUCAUGAAGCAUGGCAGCAGCAUCACACGCCUCUUUGUUGUGUCCUGCUCGCUGGUGGUCAACGCCGUGCUCUCGGCAGCACUCCUACAACUGCAGCUCACGGGCGCCUUCUUCCUGGCCACGUUGCUCAUCGGCCUGGCUGUGUGCCUAUACUAUGGCAGCCACUAGCCCCAGGACACCUUCACCCUGACCCUAGAACCUGUAGGUUGGGCACCACUUCCAGAUCUAUCCCCUCCCCUCAGCAGCCCUGUCACAAGUGCCUUGUGAGAAAAGCUGGGGAAGUGAGGGCUGCUAGGUUAGUGUCUGGGAGGUGGGUAGAUAAAGGGGUAUCCCUGGGAGAUGUACUUAAGAAAACUUACCUCUCCACCCACUUCAAAUUCUUCCAGACAAAGGAAUUGAGGGUGCAUCAAUAUCUAGACCUGAGAAAUGAACCCAUCCCUGAUGAGGGAGGCAUUCUGUCUUAUCCCGGAUGAACAUAGUUGCUCAGACUAGGGUGUUGGAAACAGGUAGCUUUCAUUGCCAACCAUGGUCGCCACCCCAAUCCCCGGCCCACUUUCCCCAGGCCUGGUACUUACUGCUGCAGCUCAACCAUGGUGCACGAUGAUAUCCUAAGGGAUACUUAGCCCUGACUGUCUUACAAGAUGGUCCUGUUGCCACAGAUCAUACAGCUGUCACCCAGGCUCUGGAGCUGUGUCAGCUAGAGCAGUGCCUGGAGAGAUUUCCCCCAUCCUCUUCUACAGUUCUGCUCCCCACAACCAGCCUUUGUUCUGGAAACUCUGAAGAAGGCUGGAGCUUGACUCAUCUCAGGGAAUGUCGCCCCUGGGCCCUGGCUUAAGCCACACUUCCAACCUCUCCACUUAUCCCAGGGGCCUCUUGAAGCCCAUUGCCACCUGUGAAGCUCCUAGGAGGUACCAUCAUUCCCCCUCUGGGCCUGCUCCAGCCCGGCAGUGUCCCAGCUUCUAACGGCCUGGGGAAGCUCUCCACAGAGUGACCUGGGACCAGGUACAGGAAACUUCUAUAGCGCAAUCAAUGUCUCCUUAACCACAUAAGCAAUAAGGUGUUAAUAAAUAAAGUGUUUUGGGAACAGAGUGGUUCCUACAGCUGGCA